CUCGUUCAGGAGCAGUCCGGAGUUUGGUCACAGACGGAGAUCAGACAGAGACGGUCUCUCCUCCUCCUCCUCCUCCUCUGUAAUCGACCCCACCUCUCUCUCUCUCUCUCUCUCUCUCUCUCUCUCUCUCUCUUUCUCUCCCUCUCUCUCUCUCCAUCUCUCCAUCUCCAUCCACAUCCACACGCGUCCUCCGGAUACCCACCGCUCCUGGAGCGCGCGUCAGGAUCAGUCCGUCUCCACCGUGGCCCCAGUGGAAGCCUCGUUCACAGUAACGAUGGUGCCUGGCUGAAAGGCACUCCGACUCACCGCUGCCCGUCCAGUCUCCCAGCCAGACGCAGACGCGGUACCAUUGGCCGACUGAAGAGGAAGAGGAGCGUGCGUAAUGGAUUUACUGUUGGCGGCGAGGAGUUGGAUUUUGUGAAGAGGUUUCCCCGGGCGAUAGACAUGGACACACCGGCAGGGCGUUUUUAGGGAAAGGUGCACCUGGGCUGGAAUCACACCGUGAGAGGAGAUGCACAGAGCGUGGGUACUCUUCUUUCUCGCAGAAGAGGGUUUCGCUCUGGCGCAGCGAUCUAAAGAAGCCCUGAGCGAACAUGGCGCACAGAGCCCCAACCAGAACGACUGCGGCACGUGGGUCCGCAACAUCAACGGCGGCGUGUUCACGUCGCCAAACUACCCCAACACCUACCCGCCCAACAAGGAGUGUGUUUACAUCCUGGAAGCUCUCCCCCGACAAAGGAUCCAGCUGGCUUUCGAUAAGAAUUACUACAUCGAGCCGUCGUUUGAGUGCCGCUUCGAUCACAUAGAGAUCCGCGAUGGGCCGUUUGGGUUCUCACCGCUCAUCGACCGCUUCUGCGGGGGGAAGAACCCGGGCCUGGUCACGUCCACGGGACGCUUCAUGUGGAUCAAGUUCACCAGCGACGAGGAGCUGGAGGGCCUCGGCUUCCGCAUCAAGUACACCUUCAUUGCAGACCCCGAUUUCCAUCUGCACGUGGGCGGACUGCUGAACCCCAUCCCAGACUGUCAGUUUGAAAUUGGCGGAUGGGACGGGAUUAUCCGCUCAAGUCAGGUGGACGAGGAAGAGCGCGUGAAGCCUGGUGAUGCUCUGGACUGCAUCUGGACCAUCAGGGCCCCCCCUCAGUCCAAGAUCUACCUGCGCUUCAUGGAGUACCAGAUGGAACACUCUAAUGAGUGCAAGAAGAACUUUGUCGCCGUGUACGACGGCAGCAGCGCCAUCGAGAACCUCAAGGCCAAGUUCUGUAGCACCGUGGCCAACGACGUGAUGCUGGAUAACGGCGUGGGAGUCGUGCGAAUGUGGGCCGACGAGAAGAGUCGACUCAGUCGGUUCCGCAUGCUCUUCACUUCCUUUGUUGACCCCCCCUGUUCAGGCAAUACGUUUUUCUGCCACAGCAACAUGUGUAUUAACAACUCCCUGGUGUGCAAUGGGGUCCAGAACUGUGUCUACCCAUGGGAUGAAAACCACUGCAAAGAGAAGCAAUCUAAGGGGCUUUUCCAUCAGAUCACGAAGACCCACGGCACUGUCAUCGGUGUCUCAUCCGGCAUAGUUCUGGUUCUUCUUCUUAUCUCCAUCCUGGUCCAAAUGAAGCAGCCAAGAAAAAAGGUUGUAGCCCGCCGGCCCGGUGUUUUCAACAAAGCUGGAUUCCAAGAGGUCUUUGAUCCGCCCCACUAUGAGCUCUUCUCUCUACGCGACAAGGAGAUAUCCUCAGACCUCGCCGACCUGUCCGAGGAGCUGGACAGCUUCCACAAGCUGCGGCGGUCCUCCACCAUGUCCCGCUGUGUCCACGAGCACCACUGCGGCUCGCAAGCCUCAGUGGCCACUGGCGGCGGCAGCAUGAAGCACAGCCGCACCACCCUGAGCUCCAUGGAGCUGUCCUACCACAACGACUUCUCCAAGCCACCCCCCAUGAAGACUUUCAACUCCACAUCCAGCUACAAGAAGAGCUGCUACGGCUACAAGCAGCACUCACAGACUCACGACUGCGACCAGCAGGUCAUCGAGGACCGGGUUACAGAGGAGAUCCCGUGUGAGAUCUACGGCCGUGGCGGAGGAGGAGCCGCAGGAGGGGGACCAAUAGGAGGACCAAUAGGCGGACCAUCAGGGAUAGCAGGAGGAGGGAUUGGAGGGGCAGUGGGGAUAACAGGAGGAGUGGCGAUGGCUGGAGGAAUGGGCAUGGGGGGCGGAAUGGGCAUGGCGGGGCCUAGCGGCAUUGCUGGAGGUAUCGGUGGUGGGAUGGCGGGAGCCUGUGGAACCCUCAGUGUCCGUGGCAACAGCGCUCGCAACAGCACCACCAUAGUUGACCCACAACAUCGCUCCAUUUCCAUGGACUUCUAGAUGGAGAAGGGAGGAGGAGAACACAGGGAGACCUUUCUUUUCACUCAUCGAGAUAAAAGACCGGAGAAGAAGAGAAGACUGGGGCUCACAUUAAUCCUAAACUUAUCGCUCCUGUUUCGUCUUCUACCAUUUCUAUCCAAGCAGCAUUAAACCGUAUUGCGGGUCACACCUGAGGAACUCCUCCGCUCACAAUCGCAUGCGGAGGUGUGGGAAGAAUGAGAGACGAGACAUGAUGAUGCACCAGAGGAUGAGAAAAACGUGUGGCUCUGUUCUUCAGAGAAUUCAAGGAUUUCACAUGAAAGAAGCUUGGAGACGUCUGGUCUCUUCUCCAGUCUUCUACCCAAUUAUCGCUCCCUCCGUCAGAGACUUACAGGAGAAUGUUCUCGCAUGCAGAUCCAGACUUCUCUCAGCUUGGCUCUCGCUCAGACACAGGCAGAGAGAAAUUUUGGCGAGACAGAGUUUUUACAUGUAUUCACCUGCCAUGCACAGCUAUAUAUGAUAUAUAGUGCAUCUUCUAAUAAUUUAUUUGAGUCUUUAUUUUUGUCGUUGUACCGUGCUAUUAAAUCCAGUAUAUAUCCAGCCUCAUGAUGAUGUUUGGCUUUUAACUCUUUAAUAUUUUCAAAUGUUGCUCAGAUGAUUUUUAUGAAAGAGUACGUAUCCAUGGUGUGGUGUUAAUGAUGAUGAUGAUGAUAAUGAGGUUGAUGAUGAAGUUGUUGCCAUUCAAAUGAUCAGAAACACUAUGAUGAUGAUGAUGAUUUGGUAUUAUAAUAAUAAUUCUGUAGUUUUGCUUAUGCUUACCUUACACAUACACAUUAGGUACGCUCCAUUCGGUCUCUCCUCAGGACGAGCACACGAAGAGACUUGUAGAGACUUUAGAGUCUUAUUUUGGUAAGAAGUAGAGAAGAAAAUGACUGCUCUGUCAGCUUCACGGCAUAUGGGCAUUCAGGCAAUAAGUAAUCGUCUAUGAAGUAUGAAAUGUUUGGUUGUGAGGCCUGGACUGAAUCAAAAAUAGCGACCAUCCCACUCCCAUGCCCCGCCCUUAAAGCACAACCUGUUUCCCUCCUGAGACAGACAUGUAGCCCACAUGGGACUUCUUAUUUUAUUAUUUUAACCACUGGUUGUAUAAUUUCAUUCUGUUGAAUUAAAGGAGAGCUUACUCACCU